AUGAAAUCGACUCUUCUAUUCCUCUCCGCCUGCUUGGCCGUCACACAGGCCAGCGAACACAGCCACUACGAGCCCAGCCAUAGUCACUACCACCACGUCAGGACGGACAUCAUCACCAAGGAAGAACCUGUACCGUACCCGGUCGAAGUCAUCAAGCACGUGCCUUACCCUGUCAAAGUACCAGUAGAUCGCCCAGUGCCUUAUCAUGUCGACAAACCGUACCCAGUCAAAGUAGAAAAAGAAGUACACGUACCCGUUCAUGUUCAAGUACCUCAACCGUAUCCAGUCUACAAAGAAGUCAAGGUCCCAGUAAAAGUUACGGAGGAGCGACCAGUACCAUAUCACGUACCCAAACCGUACCCAGUGACUGUUGAAAAGAAGGUUCCCUACCCAGUCGAAAAACAAAUCCCAGUACCAGUGAAGGAGUAUUUCGAAGUACCUAAACCGUAUCACGUACCAGUCGUAGUCGAGAAGAAAGUACCUUAUUAUGUAGAAAAGAAAGUACCAGUUCAAGUCCAAGUACCAGUAGAGAAACCAUAUCCAGUGGAAGUACCCAAACCUUAUCCAGUGGCAGUAGAGAAGAAGGUGCCAUAUUUCGUUGAAAAGAAAGUACCGUACCCUGUGAAGGUUCCAGAAUAUGUCAAGGUACCUGUACCUGUUCAUAGUGAACAUUCCUCUUCUUCUGGCCUCUCCUUCGGUUUAGAACACCAUCACUUCUAA